GUCAUUAUAUAGAAGGUUAGGGUUUACUGCAGGUAUAAAAAUUGAAUUACAAGAAGGGGUUUUUGAAUUCGUAGAUGGAAAGAUGGAUUUACGGUGGUUGUGUUAGAGUUUACAAUGAAGACAUGAAGUUGAGUUGCAAUAGAGAACACAGAAGGAGAAAUUGAAGUUAUGUGAUGAAAUAACAAACAGGCUUGGUUGAUUAUAAGGUCUGAGAAGGUUAAUGGAGCUGUUACUUCCAUGGGUUGUUGCUACUGAAGAAUAAAGUGGUUGAUGGAGGUUUCAAGCAAGAAACUACUGUGAUGAACAGAAAGAGAAUCUGGUAGUGACUGAAGCUGCAAAAUGGUUGAGACACCGGCGGUGAUUUGGUUGAUGUUGUUGCAGUUAAGAUCGGAGCAGGCAGAGGUGAUGGCUGAGUUUGAGAUCCUGGUGGUAUUGAGAUUUAGAUGAAUGUGUUGUUGAGGUUGUGUCUAGUGAUAUGUUGUUGCAGUAGUGGUUUGAGUUGUUGUUGCAACUAUUGAUUUGGCAAGAAGAUGAUGUUGUUGGGUGCUUGAGGCAGAGACUAUGAAGAUUGAUUGGAGUAAAACUGAAGCAAGAGUCUGGAUGAAUGGGUGAAUUAGAUGGAUGUUUAGGACAUUGGGUUUGUCUCUAAUUCACAGUUUCAGGGAAGAAUGAACUGAUAUUUUUGGUUGUGAAACUGUGACUGAAAUGCUGAAUGGCUAGGCCUGUGAGUUUAGAGAAGUUGCAGUACAGUGGUGGUGAAUGUAGAAUUGAAUAUGUGGUUGAUAUUUUCUCAUAGGGUUACUAUCUUACCAAAAAAAAACAAAAACAAACCCACCGUAAGUGAAUUGUUUUACUUUUAUUCUACUCGAAACGGAAGAAAAAAAAGUCCUUAACACAAAUAACCAGAGGGUAAUUUUGUCAUCAUUCUAAUAAAACUAAUCAAGGUGUAAUAAAAAAAUAGGCAGUAUAUUCACUAUUCAUCGAUGAAUAUAAAGAUUUUAUUUUGUGGCAAAGAGAGAGAUUUUGUUUGUCUUUUGAUUUUGAUACAAACAUCGGAAAGUAGAAAGAAACAUUAAAACCAGCAGGGAGUUCGGAGGUUGAGGCGGGAUUCACAAAAUCCUUAAACUUCCUCCUCUCUUUCUCGUACUUUCUCUCUCAUCUCAAAUCCUUAAACUCCACUUUUGUUUUCUUAUCCUACGCCACCAACAUUCCAUCACUCCCGCGGAGAAGCUUUGCCAUGUUCUUGCUCUGCUAGCCCCUCAUCACCCCCUUCUUUAACUGAAAUUUGUAUUGAAAGUUUAAGUUCAAUGGUCUGGAUGGAGCCUGGGUCUUCUGCUUCAAGUAAUGGGAGUAGAGAAAAAGGGGCUAUUGUUGAAAAUGGGUGUAUAAAAGGAGCUGAUAAUACUAGUGUUUCAGCUGCAUAUGUAUCUCCUUUACGGAACAAAUUCGAAGGGAAAGAUGCUUUAUCAUAUGCAAAUAUUCUCAGGUCGAGAAACAAGUUCGCGGACGCUCUUGCUUUGUAUGAAAGUAUUAUUGAAAAGGAUGGUACGAAUGUUGAAGCGUAUAUAGGCAAAGGGAUUUGCUUACAAAUGCAGAAUGCAAGUAGUCGGGCGUUUGAAAGUUUUGCUGAAGUUAUUAAACUGGAGCCGGAGAAUGCUGUUGCACUUACACAUUGUGGAAUUCUAUACAAAGAUGAAGGCCACCUAAUGGAGGCUGCUGAGUCAUAUCAGAAGGCCUUAAAAGCAGAUCCUACUUACAAACCAGCUGCUGAAUGCCUUGCCAUUGUAUUGACGGAUCUUGGUACUAGUUUAAAGAUAGCUGGCAGCACUCAUGAGGGAAUGCAGAAAUAUUUUGAAGCUCUCAAAAUAGACCCUCACUACGCUCCUGCAUAUUACAACCUUGGAGUUGUAUAUUCUGAGAUGAUGCAAUAUGAUAUGGCUCUUAGCUGUUAUGAGAAGGCUGCACUGCAAAGGCCUAUGUAUGCUGAAGCGUAUUGUAACAUGGGUGUAAUUUAUAAGAACCGCGGGGAUCUGGAGUUGGCUAUUUCUUGCUAUGAGAGGUGUUUGGCUGUGUCUCCGAACUUUGAUAUCGCAAAGAAUAACAUGGCAAUAGCCUUGACGGACCUAGGAACAAAGGUUAAACUGGAAGGGGACAUUAACCAAGGUAUUGCAUACUAUAAGAAGGCUCUGUUCUACAAUUGGCACUAUGCUGACGCAAUGUACAAUCUUGGUGUUGCAUACGGGGAAAUGAUGAAAUUUGACAUGGCUAUUGUAUUCUAUGAACUUGCAUUGCACUUUAAUCCCAACUGUGCGGAAGCAUGCAACAACUUAGGAGUAAUAUACAAAGACAGAGACAACCUUGACAAAGCUGUAGAAUGUUACAAGUGGGCAUUGUCAAUCAAACCCAACUUCUCACAAUCUCUUAAUAAUCUUGGUGUUGUCUACACUGUCCAGGGAAAAAUGGAUGCUGCAGCAGCCAUGAUUGAGCAAGCUAUCCUAGCAAAUCCAACUUAUGCAGAGGCUUACAAUAACUUAGGGGUUCUUUAUAGAGAUGCGGGCAAUAUAACUCAGGCUAUCGAGGCUUAUGAGCAAUGUCUUAAAAUAGAUCCCGAUUCACGUAAUGCAGGACAGAAUCGGUUGCUCGCAAUGAACUACAUAAAUGAUGGCAAAGAUGAUAAGCUUUUUGAGGCUCACAGGGACUGGGGUAGACGCUUUAUGCGGUUAUAUCAACAGUAUGUGUCAUGGGACAAUCCAAAAGAACCAGAGCGACCGCUUGUUAUUGGAUACGUUUCUCCGGAUUAUUUUACUCAUUCCGUCUCUUAUUUCAUUGAGGCACCUCUUAUCUAUCAUGACUACUCAAAAUACAAGGUUGUCGUGUAUUCAGCUGUUCUUAAGGCAGAUGCAAAAACUAACAGAUUCAGAGAAAAGGUUUUGAAAAAGGGUGGGAUGUGGAGAGAUAUAUAUGGAAUUGAUGAGAAGAAGGUUGCAGUCAUGGUUAGAGAAGAUAAAAUCGACAUAUUGGUAGAGCUUACUGGUCACACGGCCAACAAUAAGUUAGGAAUGAUGGCUUGCAAACCAGCUCCUAUCCAGGUCACGUGGAUUGGAUACCCGAACACAACUGGUUUGCCUACCAUUGACUAUAGAAUCACUGAUUCGUUUGCCGACCCUUCUGAUACAAAGCAAAAGCAUAUUGAGGAGUUGGUUCGGUUGCCUGACUCCUUCCUUUGUUAUACACCUUCUCCUGAAGCGGGCCCUGUUUCUCCAACCCCAGCACUUUCAAAUGGUUUCGUUACUUUCGGUACCUUCAAUAAUCUAGCCAAGAUUACCCCAAAGGUCUUGGAAGUUUGGGCAAGGAUUUUAUGCGCUGUUCCAAAUUCACGGCUUGUAGUGAAGUGUAAACCGUUCUGCUGUGAUAGUAUAAGACAGAAAUUUCUAUCAACAUUGGAGCAAUUGGGACUAGAAUCGCUGCGUGUUGAUCUUUUGCCACUGAUUCUUCUCAACCAUGAUCAUUUGCAAGCGUACUCCCUCAUGGAUAUUAGCUUGGAUACUUUUCCGUAUGCGGGAACAACAACAACUUGCGAAUCCUUAUAUAUGGGAGUUCCGUGCGUCACAAUGGCCGGUUCUGUUCAUGCACAUAAUGUUGGUGUGAGUCUCCUAAGCAAAGUUGGGUUGGGACAUCUAGUUGCUAAAACAGAAGAUGAGUAUGUUAAAUUGGCGGUUCAGUUAGCCAACGACGUCACAACUCUUUCCCGCCUAAGGAUGAGUCUCCGUGGUCUUAUGGUGAAGGCCCCUGUUUGCAACGGAUCAAAAUUUAUUCUGGGGUUGGAAUCAAAGUACCGUCAGUUAUGGCACAGGUACUGUAGAGGUGACAUGCCAUCACUCGGACAAAUAGAAAUAGCCCAAAAACAACUGCAGGAGGAACAGCAUCGACAGCAGCAACAGCAACAGCAGCAGCAGGUUGUUAUUGAUGAGUCAGCAGCUAAAUUCUCGGAGUCAACAAGGAUUACGACUCCGUCAAAAGCAACUAAUUCAUCUCCAAUCAAGGCCAAUGGAUUUAGUAAACCAAACUCAUCACAUUCUACGUCAAUCACCUCCUGUAAAGAAGAAAACGGAGUUCAAUUGAAUUGGCAUCCUAAUUCAUGAAAAUCACUUCUUAGUUGUUUUGAGUUGUUCAGUAUGCUGCUUUCAUCGAAGAAGAGAUUAUACGGGGAAAGUGAUGAUUCUGGUCCAGCAAUACUUGCUUUUGUAUGGGUUGGCCUUUUCAGCUGAAUCUCACUUCUCUUUUGAGCCGAAUCUUAUACUUGUCAUACUCCACAUGUGUAUACUUAUUCAAACAUUGUGUCAGUGUCGGUGCCAGUGCGAGCAGCCAUAGGCACAAGUGUCGAAAGCGUCUCUUCUCGGGGGUACCCUACCUUUAAGGCCCCCCAUUUUUUCUUCCUAAUAUUGUUAUACAUAUUCUUACCUGUCUGUAGAUUUAGAAAAAUGAUGAGGUUCUGUAUCUUUCAGCUUUUAAUAUGAAGGUGAUUUAAGAUUCCAACUUCUUAG